AUGACGUUUUUGCUCGGUAUACAUCGACGGUUGACAGACUGGCUUCGUAAUAGUGACUCUGAACGUGAAACCAAAAAAUCGUUGUUCAAGGCGGUAAUCCAGGAAUUAAAUAAUAGCAGCAUUUCUGAAGAUGUGGUCGUAAUGGGUGGUAGCAGCGAUAUAUCACCGCACGAUCACAGGGAGUGUCAUAAAGCUUCUCGUAAUAAUAUCACGCCAACCGACAAAUUUUACAAAGCAUCACCACUUUCAAAUCCACAUCAGCGUGCCGAAGCAGUAUCAGUUGCAAUCUGA